CCUUCUGCAAGCAAGAAAAGAGGUUAAAAAAAUGAAAUAAAACUGGGGAGUUCAUCAGGACAGUGGUCAUGUAUAGGCCCCAACCACCCCUCGCACAUGGAAAGCAAUGGUAGGGCCUGCCAUGUCCCGGCCCCCUGCAUGGCUGUGAUUAGGCCACAAUGUCCAGGCGCCAACUUUUAAGUACCACCACCUGAUCAUUCCUCAUCGACUACACUGGACCUACAUAUUCUAAUCUCAUCACCUUUGAAACCCUUCCCUCACUUUGAUUCUUCCUGUCUACCUAGGUUAAAAUAAUAGAAAUGCCUCUCUCUCUCCUCAAGAUCAAAUGCACCUGCACCAAGACCUCCCAUGAGUCUCCUACUCAUCAUGCAUGUAUUCCCACCAUGGAAGUAUUAUCAAUAGUACAUUACAUGUACACCCCUUCCUGACCAUCUAGACUGGUGGUUUUACUACUUGGGAGGCUGGCUAUAAAUGGCCGGCCAUGACAUAUGCAUGCCUCCCUCUACACAACACAACACAUCACCACACCACCACUGGUCCACUGCCUCUCUUCCCCGCCUCUUCCCACUGCCAAACUUUUCUGCGUGAGCUAGGCAAGAACUGAAGAACCUCUCUUCUUCCACCUCUAGCUAGUUAGCCUUCCUCCAGACUAAGAAGUUCAAGAUCAACAAUGGCCAUGCACCAUCUUGCCCAGGGGCACCCCCAUGCGUGGCCGUGGGGGGUGACCAUGUACACCAACCUGCACUACCACCAGCACCAGUACGAGAGGGAGCACCUGUUCGAGAAGCCUCUGACGCCCAGCGACGUGGGCAAGCUCAACAGGCUGGUGAUCCCCAAGCAGCACGCGGAGAGGUAUUUCCCCCUUGGCAGCGCUGGUGGGGUCGGCGGCGGCGAUGGCAGCGAGAAGGGCUUGCUGCUGGCCUUCGAGGACGAGGCCGGCAAGCCGUGGAGGUUCCGGUACUCGUACUGGACCAGCAGCCAGAGCUACGUGCUCACAAAGGGCUGGAGCCGGUACGUGAAGGAGAAGCGCCUCGACGCCGGUGACGUCGUGUGCUUCGAGCGGGUGCGCGGCGGCCUUGGUGUCGGCGACCGCCUCUUCAUCGGCUGCAGGCGCCGUGGCGAGAGCGCAGCACCAACGCCGACGCCUCCACCGCCCGUGCGCGCCCCGGCACCUGCUCUGAACCCCGGCGAGCAGCAACCUUGGAGCCCGAUGUGCUACAGCACGUCGGGAUCGUCGUACCCAACCAGCCCGGCCAGCCCCUACGCCUACCAUAGCGACAUGGCACACGCAGGCGAGGCGGACGCCAAGAGCAGCGGCACGCCUACAGCACCGUCGAGGAAGCUCCGGCUGUUCGGCGUGAACCUCGACUGUGGCCCAGAGCCAGAGCCGGAGGCGGAGGCGGCGACGGCAAUGUACGGCUAUUUGCACCAGAGCCCUUACGCUGCAGUGUCCACAGUGCCAAAUUACUGGUUAGUGCUACAAAUAUCGCCGAGUUUCAGUUAUUGCAUCAUACCUGAAACUGGUAGAAUCAAUCGAAAUCAACUACCACCACUUUCCUUGCUCAAAUUAAUAAUUAAGUGAAAACUUAGUAUCUUCUAUUUUCUUGUCAACAGGGGCAGUUCAUAGGACAGAAGAAGGAGAUCUGAGGCCAUGCUUGCAGAAUCCUUACAACCAGAACCAGCAAUGAAGAAACUAGCUACCAGCCUACCACUACUACUGCUCUGUAGUCUGUCUGUACUGAGUGACAGGUUUGAAUUGACCUGUGGAAUGAAAAGGAAGGGAGUGAAAGAGAUCCCUUGUUUCCCGGGCAAUCUUCCUUCCGUCACCCAGGAAUGCCCCUUUUCUUUCUUGUUGCCUUCCAGAAACCCUACGUGCAGUACGGGUCGAGCCGGGCCCGUUGCAGCUGCAGCAGCAGGUAGUAGCUAGUUGGAGGUUUCAGGAAACAUCAGGUUGAAAAGGAGAGGUAGAGAGACUGAGGGAGUGAGGGAUGGUGACACACAUGAAAAAAAACAAAAGGACAUGCCUGCCUACAUGCAUGUGUGUAUGUGUUUGUCAUCUGUAGUAGGAGUAUGUGAGAUGUGGGUGGGCCCAAGAACAAACUGGAUGCAUGAAGUUGAUGUAUCUAUCUUCUCCUCAGCUCCCUGCCUCCUUCAAGGAACAAAGAAAUAUCCUUAUGGAGACUUGGUUCUCUCCUUGAGAA